GAAGCACUCCAGGUCGGUUGCGUUGCGAUUUCUUUUUUUGUGAGUGUAGUGAAGCGAACCCGUGUGGACUUUUCCUCAGGAAAUAGUCAGAUGACUUCAGAACUCAGGACUGGCCCUUUCUAUUUCUUUGACCAGCCAUCAAGACGAAAUCGAAUUAGAGGGACACGAAGCAGCAUUUUACAUUUUAAUAUGCCACAGAGAGGACCGCAGCUGGAAAGUAAUCAGGAGGAGGACGACAAAGAAGGUAGAACCGAAGAGCUCAACAAAGAGAACCUGUCAGGUGAAACGUGUGAGGAUGGAGAACCUGAUCCCUCCUCUGCUGCACUGCGCGUAAAAGACCCCGGUCCGCUGGACGCAUAUCAGCGAGCAGCCCCUCAGUUGUUAGAUGAAUUGGCCCGCCUACUUUCACAACAUAAGUGGUCCGAAGAGGGGUGCAUUCCUCGGGGGGUUGUAAAUAUCCUCAAUUACUCCUGGCACGAUCUGACUGCAGGGGCGUUGCACUUGAGAAGUCCGAACCUGACUGACAAACGACGCAAGUCCAAAGGUUCCCCGAAGCUGGACCGAACUCCCCUCCAGGUGUCCGCCAGCGCCAAGGAGGAGGCAGGAGAGAGGGACGGUGGUGUUGUGGGGAAUGAUGGCUCCUCUGACAGAGAAGCACAACUUAGAUCAAAGCCACGUGUCAAAAAGCGCAAUCAGAACUCCAGUAGAGCAGCUCACAACUCCACAACUUGUACUUUCUCCGUGUCGUCUGGCAGCUGUAAGGGUCCAGGUAUGACAUGGAGCUGCAGCAUUGUGUUAACGACUCACUCUCACUGCUGUGUCUCUGCUGCCUCAGCUGGAUGUGAUUUGUGUCCAGGUUGGGUCGUUCAGGUAAAGCAGCCCUCCCACGAUGAGCCUCAGCAGAUCACUUUGUGUCAGUGGGUGGUGGAGCGACUGCAGGCAGCAAGAAAUCCUGGAAAGCUGCCAACAACUGAGCAGGACCUGAGCAUGCCGCUCAUACUCCGUCACUAUGGUGAUGUAAAUGCCAAACUUAAAGGCAGGAGAAGGAAGGCCGAACCCGCCACUUUAAUUGAUGGGAUGCCCCGGAUACCAGAAGUGAAGCAGGAGGUUCCCGUCCAGCACAAACUGCACUACAGGAUCAAUGACGGCUCCUCGUUCAUAUAUUACCCGUCCGGCUGCAUGGCUGUAUGCCAGAGUCACUCGGGUCGGCCCUGCGGAGGCUUCUACACCAACGUGUUCACCGACGACGAGUUUCCCGUCAUCCUGGCGACGAUCACAGCGUUUGGACGCGGGACUGUUACACAUCCUGUGAGCUCUGACAUUACAGCAGCAUGGGACCAGGAAGGUGGACUCAUGUAUGAUAAUUGUGGAAACAUAACGAAGGAGUGGAGUUGGCAGACAAAUUGCACAGCGAAGGAAAAGAUUGUCAUACAGUUGUCAGAUAUGAUCUCUGUGAGGCUGUUCAGCGGUUCGUCUGCUAUGCUCAGCUUCAGAUGUGACAAUGAAAGUGUUCAACUUCCACUUUCUUCACUGUCUAACAUUAAGCAGUCACAGGAAAUGUCUUGUUUGCUGACUGAAGGGAAGUAUACGUCAGAUGCUGCUCAAGAUCUCUUGUUGAGGAAGACAAAAUGUCCUGCUGUGGCCCCAGAGAGCAACGAGAGCCUGAUGCUAACAGCUGUGUCUGUGGGCUCCCAGGAGGUCCUCCAGAUGGUCAGGGAGGUGGAGGGGCUGGAGGAUCUGUCAGCACUGUGGAGAAGAGGAGGACAUGUUGGCAGGGAGCUGAAGAGGCUUCAGCGGAGGGUUCGAAAUGCAGUGGAAGACUGGUUGGACUAUUAUCGCAUGGCCAUUGGUAUCAAGUGUCUUGACACGGAGCGGAUGCCAGAUGCCCCACUGAGGACCAAGCUGAGAAGAGAAAUACAGUCAGCCGCUCUGCCCUCCCUGAACCCGCCUCAACGGGCAGAUGCUAAGCCAGCGCAGCCAGAGGAGGGCAGGGAUGAGAGUCGGGAGCUUCACAGACACCUGUCAGCGCCUGCAGAAAGACCUCCGGACUCCCCCAACAAGCUGCAAAGGAGCCCUAAAAAGCAAGCGAAGAAGGGGCCCCAUGUCACCAUGAUAGGACCCCUUCAGAUUCACGGCAACAUCAAGCUAGAGUCGGUAUUUCUUCCAAUCGCUCCCGACUUGCAGACGUCCAGCGCAGCUCCCCGUCCAGCCGAGGCGCCGUUCGCCCCCUCCAUCCCCCUCACAGUGUGCCCGGCUCUGCUGAGAGCUGCCCUGCAGGGGGAGGGACAGCGGACGAGGAGGUGCUGCUGCAGCGCUACACUGAUGCCAGUGGUGACGGACCUGGAGUAUGAUGCCUUCAUUAUGGGCCAGCCUCCGCACAGUCAACAGAUCCUGGUGGUGUGUGUGACUCUGCCACACCAACCCGUCAACACACACACGGUGACGGUGCAGACCCAGGACAAGCUGGAGGAGCUGUACAGGAGCACCAACAAGCACAGAACCACACCGUGUGCUCAGUGCCAGAUGGACUCAUUUCGCCUGGUGAAGUAUGAGAUGUCGACAGGGAAGUCCAGCUGUGGAUUUGAGAGCAACCUGCUGCAGCAGCGACACAAUGCUGCUCCUGGGAUGGUCCUGAUGUACAACAGAGGGAAGCUGCUGUUUGUGGGCUACAUAUUCAACAGUCACAGUUGCUCAGCCAGGGACCUUCAAAAGCAAAUCUCCAGAACCAGGGGAGACUACAGAUUAGGUCUGAGUCUCCCUUCAGACUACAAGUUCAGCGACACAAUGAACAAUCCUGCAGCCACAGAUGCACAUGAUUCAUCAGACAAAACACUAUCAGGAGGAGAUGACUUCAUACUGAUUGCCUCAGAGGAAAAGGAAAUGACCAAUACAAGGAGAAACAAUCACGUUUCUGAGGCGUCGCUCCACCGACAGAGAGAUUUUUGUAUCCAGCCCAAAAGCCCUCCUGCAUUUCCUCCUGCUCCUGUUAUCUUGCACUGAUCAUGCGUCAGUAAAACUAUUACAUGAGUGUAAGCAUUCAAAGGCUCCCCAGCGCAUCAGCUGUGAACUCAGGUUAAUGUGCAGUCAGACUGUAAAUGUCUGACCUGCUUGAACUGCAAGUUGGAACCACUGAACAGUGUAAUAUGUAACUGAGAUGUAAAAAUUUCUUCCAAGAGCAUAAUGAUAAAUCUCAGUGGGUUAAUAGUUAGAGUUAAAGAUCAGUGACUUCUGAUGCUUCAGUGUUGUCUAAAAAAAUGCACUUUUCAGCUUUUGUAGAUAUCCAUUUGUAUGUGUUAUGAUAUAUUUUUCAUUUGCAUGGGAAGAUUGAAUAAAGAAGGA